AUGGGCCGUCGAGGUGGCGGCGCUGCUCGCCGGCGCGAGCCGUACGCGAUUGGCGCCGCGGCGGAGCCGAUCCCCGAGAUUGAGGAGUAUGUGCCGCUCACCGACCCAAAGCACUUCUCGCGCCUCCUCUACGCGAACCCCGUCUCGAUCCUCACCACUGCCGACGACGGCCGGCGGCGGCACAACGCGAUGGUCGUCUCUUGGCUCACGCCCAUCAACAACCACGGCGUCUUCCUGAUGUCAAUCAACAAGCAGCGCUUCUCCGCGACGCUGCUCCUCCAGCGGCGGUCGUUUUGCCUCUCCGCGGCCAUUCACGGCAUGGAGUCGGUGCUGCUGGCCAUCGGCCGCUGCCACGGCCACUCGAUCGACAAGUUCGCCACCCUCGGUCUCGCAAAGGUGCUCUCAGUCGCCGACUCGGUCGAGUGCGGACCCGGCGACGCGGAGGCUGCGGACUCGUGCCACCACAUCGUCACCGCGCGCGUGACGAGCGCGCGCGUCAGCCGCGCGCACUGGAACGGCAGGCAGUUCUGCGCCGCGCGGGGAGGCGCCUCGUUCCUCGAAAGCCGGCCGGCGCUCUCGUUCCUCGGCUCGCAGACUUUUGCGUACCACCGACUUCCCGAUUAA